UGUCAAUAUUCCUCUAGACUUCUCAUAUUUCAAUAUUCCUCUAGACUUCUCUACCUGUAUACUAAUUGUGGUAUAUAUAUAUAUUCCUCGGUAGUUUAUGACAUGUCUAAGCCAAUUUUAUUCUUGGCACCAAUAAAUAGCAAUAACCAUCGUGAGAUUCUAGGGUGGAUAUUUUCUGCAUUCAACAUUGGUAUACCAACAAAACUCGUGUGAUCCAAAUGAUGUAUGAAGAGUAAAAUAAAAGGACGCAGAAACGAAUUUCACAUUUAUCGCUGAAGAAUGCAAAAAAACACGAGAGAAACUGCAAGAAAAACUGGCGAAAGGAGCAUUUACUCACUCUUUUGGUAUUUUAAAAUUAAAGUAGGAUUUUCAGAUUGAUUGAGCCGGUCCUGGAUAGUGACACGUGUGAUUAUCAUCGUUGACGUGUCGGUAUCGUGCACGAUGUUGAUGGCGUGUAUGAUGUUGAAGGCGCGCAUACCAUUGAAGUUCAGGUUGGUUUUGUAAACAUAAAAGGAGGUAUUGAAGGCACGAGGAACUCUGAUGUGUUGCAUACCUCUAUUAUCUAGGUGGUUUAUUUCUCACCUUCCUCGAUCAGUGAUGAAGAAUGAACAAGGGUUUAGGUGGUCCAAGAGGAUUAUGUCACUUUCUCAUUCAGAUAUUCGUUGGUGCUCUAGAUCUAUGGAGAAUGUUACCAUCAUUGACCGUUGUGGGGAGUUCCCUAAUGUGCCACUCCUUGGCAUAAGAGGGGGCAUUACCUACAACCCUUCUUUAGCUCUACGUCAGUUUGGUUACGCUCGGACUGAUGGUCCUCAUGACAUGCUUAUUCAGGGUAUUAUGUUCGACUACGACAACGAUCUUCAAGGUUACCGUCAAAGGUUCAUACGAGCAUGGGGUAAAGUGAACAAGGUUGACAGCAAGACUCUGGAACCCAAGUACACUAUUCCUAUGGAACCAUAUCUCAGAUGGGUACGAUCUCGUGCUCAGACUCUUAUGAUGCCAUAUCCUGCUAUCCUGCCAGUUACCAUGGAGCCUGUUGCUGAAGGAGAUACUUCUUACAUCAUUCUUCAUCCAGACAUGCCCACUGACAUGGAAGAGUUACAGAGGUCCUGGAUCCAGUUGAAGGAGCAAAGAGAUACUUUUGAGACUCAUUACAAGGCAAGUCAGGAAAGAAUCCUGGAGCUAACAAAACAACUUCACGAGGAGCGGAAUCUCAACUCAUACCUCAACACAAAGAGGAAACGUCCAUGGGAGACUUAAAACCCCAUUUUUUGUAUUCAUUUCAUUUUUAUUGUAAUCCCAAGGGGCAAACAAGUUUAUUACUAAUAAAAGUUUACCUUUUGGUGGUUUAAACAAAUUUAAAUCCUACGGUCCUUGAAAACAUUGCAUAAGCAUCUACAUACCAUAUUAUUGCAUCACAGGUUUCUUAUGAACAGGUAUCUUAUCUUCUCGCUGUUUACCUCAGCAGGAAUGGCUCUUGAACAGACUGUCAAAGAUCUCCAGGCUCAGAAUGCACAAUUCCAAGAGUUGAUUCUGAACUUGUCCAAGGGGCAAGAUGAGUUGAAAACUGUUGCUGAAGUUAGAGUGCCUCCCAUGAUUAUUACCACUCCUGGCCCUAUUCCUUAUACUUCUGAUAAAGCUAUACCAUGGAAUUACGGUUCUGAUGUUUAUAUCCAUGGUGUUAAGCAGGAACCUUUGAGUGAUACACCUGUUACUGAUGAUAACCUUGAUGUUGAUAAUAUUGCUGGAUCUAGUAAGAUCACCAGAAGUGGAAGAAUUUUCUCUCCUCCAGCUACCUCAAAAAAUACAGUUCUUCCAACUACUACCUCCACUUCUGAGCCAAGUACUGAUACUCGAGGCAAAGGUCCUGUGGUUGAACCUGUGCAAGCUGAAGCACCGACUGCUGAAAAUCUCUCUAAACAGAUGGAAGAAGUGCUGAAGAUCAUUCGUAAGAGUGAUUAUGAUAUUGUUGACCAGUUGGGGCAUACUCCCUCCAAAAUUUCCAUGUUGUCUUUGUUGCUGUGUUCUGAGGCUCAUGCUAAAGCCUUGAUCAAAUUCUUAAGGACUGCUCAUGUACCAAAUGAAAUUUCUGUGGAUCAAUUUGAAAAUUGUGUUGCACAUCUGACUUAUGAUAAUGGGUUAGGUUUUUCUGAUGCUGACUUGACUCCUGCCAAAUGA